AUGGCAAGGUCCAUCUCUCAAACCCUUACCCUAACCCGCCACCUCUCAUCCAAAUCAUCCCCGUCUUCCUCGUCUCGCCUAAUAACCCUCCGGGCCCAAUCCAACCUUCCUUUUCACCAUGACCCAACAACAGACUCAUCCACCGACUCUCCUUCUGAUCCCCUUUUGCGAAAGCUCGAGGACGCCAUCCACCGGAUCAUGGUCCGCCGAUCCGCACCCGAUUGGCUCCCGUUUCUUCCCGGUACCUCCUACUGGGUCCCACCGCCCCGGUCAAGAUCCACCGGUCUGGCUCAGCUGGUCGAUAAGCUGGCCAACCCUUUGACUGAGGAGGAGACCAUGUCUAUGACCACCAUUAGAGGCUGGCCUUCUUCUGCCUACUUCAUAGAAGGUGCAUCUCCACAACCGAUGGAGGCGGUGGAUCAAAGUUCUAAUAACGUGUCCUCCAAGUCUGAAGAUGAGGAAGGAUGA